AAUUGCUUUGCCUUGCGCAGUCACAAAGUGGCACAGUAUCUAUGCUUCCGAAAAUUGUACAAAUCCCUGAAUUUGUUCAAAGUGGUGAAAUUUGUCGACCAACAUCUGACAGCCGGUUACAGGUUCAGAGCAUCGCUGGUAUCUUUGCCUCGAACCAAACACAUUUUCAUAAACAGUGGACGUCAACUACAGCAUGUCGCUCGCACCAGGUCGCAAUAAGUAUUCUACGACGUCAGCAGACUAUGAGCUUGGCCGUCUCCAUCGGCAACAAAGUGCAAACGAAUCAUCAGUGCGGUCAAAGUCAGCACCUGGAUCUCGCAACAACUUUGCCCACGAUGAACCCAGCCCGGGUCCUAGUUCCAUGCACCCCUCCAUGGAUGGAAACUCGCAGAACACAAUUAUGUCGACUGACGUAUUCAAGACCAAGGCAGAGAUUCGUGUACCCCCUGAUCUCAACCCGGAACAGGAGAAUGCUCGAACAAACUCAGAUCGCUCAAGCAAUCCCAAUGGCAAUCAGAGAGCUCAGCGUCGUCACUUUAACGAGCAUGAGCUACCGGCUCCUAGCACAAAACUCACCAUCCUGGACGUUGCUGCACUCAUAUUGAAUAAGCAGAUCGGCACUGGCAUCUUCACAACACCCGGAGCAGUAUUGUUGUCAACCGGAUCGAAAGGACUAAGCGUCGCUCUGUGGACGAUUGGCGGAUUUUGGACCUUGAUAUUUCUCCUCAUCUACCUUGAGUUCGGUGAUGCCUUCCCAUAUAACGGCGGUGAGUUGGUGUAUCUUGAUGAGAUCUACCGCCAGCCUGAGCUUCUGGCUACGAUUCUAUUCUCUGGUUUCUUUCUCAUGCUCGCGAAUUCCUAUGGAAAUAGCACCCAAUUCGCCAAACAUGUCCUCGUUGCAACUUUUCCAGACUUGACAGAUAGCACGCAACUGGAUCCUCGACUUAUUAGGUACAUCGCCAUCUCGGUGAUUACAUUCGUCUGUCUGAUCCACUGGCAUUCAAGCAGAGCGGGGCUAUUUCUCAACAAACUUGUGGCAUGGUACAAGAUUAUCCUUUUGCUCGCCGUUUUCGUCUCGGGAAUGGCCAAGAGUAGUGGCAAGAGGUCAGAGUGGGCCGACUCUGGGAGUGGUGGAUCAGCUGCUGACGGCAUGACCGGCAUGGUGUUGAUAUUCUACUCUUAUCAAGGCUGGGAGAAUGCCAAUUAUGUGGCCGGGGAAAUCCGUGCUUCAGACCGUACAACAUCUAAAAGAACCCUCAACAUCGGUGCCACACUAGGUGUGACAGCUACUUGGAUCCUCUACGUUCUCGUAACUGUAGCUAUCUAUCGUGUCUUGUCAUAUGAGGAUUUGACUGGGCCGCAUUCAGAUCUCGCCGUAGCGCUCAAAUUUGCGCCCAAAGUGUUUGGAGGCGCCACAGGCCUGAAAAUUUGUAUGGCAAUAUCUGCCUUUGGCAAUGUUCUUGCGGUCACGUACACUGCGUCAAAAGUCAAACAAUCCAUCGCCAUACAAAGGAUACUGCCAUUUUGGCAAUAUUUGAAGGAAGAUGAUCAUACCCCAAAAGGCGCUUUGGCACUGCAUUGGAUUACGUCUGUUAUCUUUCUAGUCGCAGCACCCGUGAGCGCGGAUGGGUAUAGCUUUGCCGUAGGGUUCUACACCUACGGACAUAUACUGUUCAGCGUUUUUGUUGCCCUUGGAUUGAUAAAACUCCAAAAGCGAAUCAGAAGCUCCGAAGAGCCUGAACACCAUAGUUGGAACUACACCUUCUUCCAGUCCAGAGCCUUGUUGUACACGUUUCCCAUCAUCUUCGCUCUUGGAAAUGUUGCCAUCUUAGUCUUCUCCGGCAAGACGCACAAUAAAGGCAAAAUACCUCGAUGGUGGUGGCCGAUAGUGACCCUGAUCAUUUUGUUCGCAAGCGCACUGUACUGGGCUGGAAUGCGAAUACUGAGAAUCGAAACCAAGACAAUGAACCCUAGCGGUCAACCAAGGACUGUUGGUGACAUUGUUGGACUGAGUGUUCGAAUUUAUCAAGGUAGCGAGAACCUUCCGCAAGAACUAGGACAGGAUGUUGGUGAGAAGCUGGCUGCCAAACUGGACGGAAGUCGACGACGUGUAGUCACCACCACAAGCGGCUGGCUUGCUAGCUUGUGCAACUUACUUGACAAGUUUGGAAAGUUUGUUGGUAAGAAGCUGUUCUAGUCUGCGCUAUUCAUUGUAUAACAUGGAGUAUUUUAUCAACAAUUUGGAUAUGAAAAUCACAGC